UAGGAGGUGUCCUAAUAACAGCUAAAGGUCUAUAUUAGUAAUUUUCCAGUCGCAUUACUAUCAAAUGAUAGUUAUGAUAUGAAAUGUUAUUAAAUCAUGAUUUUAGGCCUUAACAACGAGCAUGGUUUACAUGAGAUAACUUCUACAUACAUUAAACAGCUUUGGAUGUGCCGUAGACAUACAGGGCGUAAAACAAAUGAUUUAUUGAUGAGCUUAAAGUCACGUGACAAAAUAACAAUAAGCCUCAUACUCAUAUUUGAGCUUGAGGUAGAUCGGAUCAGACAAGAACUUUAGAAAUUGGAAAUAAUUUUAGGUCAUAUCGUUAAAUUUGUGAUGGAAUAAAUAAGUAUGAAGUGUACUUUUUUAUUUGUGUGUUUGUUGACUUUCGCUGCAGUUUGGAACUUCAUUUCCUCUGUUGAUAUUAGAUUUAGAAAAUACGAGUUUGUUUUCGAAGGAUACAGGUGCAUACCAAAUGAAACCGCCUUUGAAUAUGAAAACAUUUCUGAUUCUUACAAAUGCAGCAAGCUUUGUCACGUGAAUAACGCGUGUCUCAGCUUCUCCUACAAACCGGAUUCUUACCAGUGCAUUGGAUGUCGUGUUAAUCUUGGCAUCAGACCCAGCAGUUAUGAGUCGUAUCCUGGUUCGCUAUAUUUCCACACUAAGACAGAAACCAGCUGCAAAGAAAUUUCAGAGAAUAACCGCUUUGUGCCAAGUGGCCAGUAUAAGAUAAGGUUAUCGAAGUCAAAGAAGGUACAAACAGUGUACUGUGACAUGGACACAGACGGCGGAGGCUGGACUGUGUUCCAACACAGAUUUGACCAUUCACUAUACUUUAACCGAACUUUCUCGGAAUAUGAAAGCGGUUUUGGCGCCUUAAAUGGUGAAUUUUGGUUAGGUCUCAAGACUGUGCAGGAAAUGACAUAUCAGGUUAGACCUACGCUCAGGCUUGAUGUCAGAACGGAUGAUGACAUGAUGUUUACCGAAACCUACCAGAACUUUUAUCUUGACAAAGGCCCACGCUAUACCCUUCGUUUUGGUGAACAAGUGAAUGAUGUAGGUUCAGAGGGUUAUCUUAAGACAAACAAAAAUCAGCAUUUCUCGACUUAUGACGUUGACCAAGAUAGUGCCUCAGCCUCGAACUGUGCUAGGAAUAAUGGUGGUGGUUGGUGGUACAAUGCCUGCACCUGGAUAUCUCUAAAUAGAGCUGUUCGUAGUCGCGAUGGGAUGCUAAAUAUAGGUACCUAUGGACAUACCGGAAAAUAUAUCACAACCUCUAAAAUGAUGUUUCGAUGAUGACGAUGCAGUUUUUUCAUUGUAUCCUCUUAUAGAUAUUUAUGGACUGUUCAUGCAAUUUUAGUUUGUUUCAGUUUAUUAAAUUUUGAAAACAUUGUUAGCUUAAGAGAACCACAGGCGAUCGAUAAAAUCGUGUUUGCUAUUAUUAAUAAGCUGUUUAAAAGGUCUCUACCUUUUUUUAUUAUUUUUAGAAAUUGUGCAUGUCAACUAAUACAUGUUUAUCUUUAAAUGUCUGGACAAAUAUAACAGAACGAGCGCAUACGAAGGUAAAUGAUAUAGGUUACUAAAGGUAUUGAAAUGUAAAUAAACAAACAUAUUCAAUAAAAACAAAUUGAGAACUAUUUAAUUUGAAAUAUAUCUUUAUUCCAUUUGAGUUAACUCUGUUUAAUAUGCAAUACAGGUACAUUCAUCAAUACCUCCAUGAAAACUUUCUGCGCAAUGUGAAGGGCAAGAUCCCUGUCUUUCUGCAAUAUUACCAAAAUCAUUAACAUUACUUGCAGUCGAAAGAAAAGCCUCAAACCACCAACUUUGUAGAAUUAUUGAAAAAAUCCUGAAGCAUUAAUAUUGUUAGUGUUUGCCUUACGUUAAAUUAGCUUAAUAAACAAUGAGCCUUCAGAAAUUACGAUAUCUUCUCAAUCAUAUUCCUUGUUAAGUGUUGUUUAUUUUGUUGUCUUACUUACGCAUUUGUGUGCAUACGUGCGUGCGUGCGUGUCUGUGAAGAAGCUAUAUAUAGUCGACACAGCUAACUCGUGAACAUACGACUUGAAAUAUCAAAUUUUACAGUAGUACAAGAUACAGAGGACGCUCCAUCAAUCUUCCAAACUUUUAGGCAAUAUUUGGGUUAAAACCGAAUACGCAGAACUCAUCCGAAAUUAAUUUUAGUUGGAGCAGCAGAUACAUACCAGAGUCUCAUUGUUUCGUAGUUCGGCAUGUUACUAUGAGACCAAUGUUUUAUCUUGGUAACUACUUGUACAAGUAAAGCUCAAGUGGUGGGAAAAUUUUGUUUUGUUGAGAAUUAGUCUGCAUAAAUAAAUUCAGUUUCAUCUUAAAGCCAGACAGUUUUACCUUAAUGAUUAAUGAAGUACGUGUAAAACAUGUACACAGAAAUCGAUAUGAGCGAGCUGUGUUUUAGGAUCUGGCCUCCAAAAGUGUCAGGCAAAAUACAUCAUAAUUGAGCCGUGCCAUGAGAAAACCAACAUAGUGGGUUUGCGACCAGCAUGGAUCCAGACCAGCCUGCGCAGCCGCGCAGUCUGGUCAGGAUCCAUGAUGUUCGCUUUCAAACCCUUUUGCAAUUAGAGAAACUGUUAGCGAACAGCAUGGAUCCUGACCAGACUGCGCGGAUGCGCAGGCUGGUCUGGAUCCAUGCUGGUCGCAAAGCCACUAUGUUGGUUUUCCCAAGGCACGGCUCAUAUCAUGUGACUUGUGGUGUAUAAUUUUCCAUUCGAAACAGUUGUAGUCUUCUGUGUGCAUAUAAUAAAAGUCUUUACGGAUAAUACCAUAACUGUAAAAAAAAAGAAUUCAAUGCGUCAAAUAUUCCUGUAGCCAGAGUUACGGAACCCUUGUAAAACAGACGGAACCAACAGGCUUCCGUCAUAGUUAAAUGGUAUUGCAAUGUAUCUUUAAUAUGACAGUGUGGAAAAAUGUAACCGUACGAAAACAAGUUAUUUGUCAUAAAAUAUGGUUAUCAGUCCCCUACUGAUUAAAGAUCAAGGUCACAAUUGGGGUCAAAGUUCAAUAUGGCCUUUCUUGUCAGGUCCAUAACUCUGACAUUCAUGAAGGGAUUUUUAUAUCAUGGAUACUGUUGCCCAAGAUGAGACGACGUGUCAUGCACAAAACCCGGAACCCUAUCUAUUGGCUUCCGUUAACCGUGGUCGUGUGAUUAAGGUCACUAACUUCGAAUCACUUGCCCCUCACCGCUGAGAGUUUGAAAUCUCGCUUUGAAGUUACAAUCCUUACUGUGAGGAGGCCAUCUAGCUGGCUUGCGGAGAGUCGGUGGUUCUUCCGGUACCUGCCUGUGACGACAUCAUACCCGUUGGGGCACUUGGAGUUUUUUUUUCCCCCACGAAAAGCAGGAAAAACGCUGUAUGACCUAUAAUCAAUUAUAUCGGGGUGAUGUAACACCCGACACAAAAAUAUAAAUGUAAAUGAAUUGAACAAUAAGUGGUGAACAAGAAAUUUUGUUGGGUUAUAACAAUUAUGUAAGUCUAUUUGGCCUGCUUUGGACCGUCAUAUGGUAAAUAAAAUAUAUUAUCAGAUAUUAAAUGUUUUCACUACAGUUAUUUGUUGGCUUUGUGUUUUGUUGCGCUCUCUGUAUUGUAUAAUAAACUAAAAUAUAUAUA